CCAACAGUUCCACGACAAAAGCAGAAGUCUUCUGUUGACAAACAUGCCGCUGCCCCUCGCCAAGACCCAAAACACGUUCUGGGGUAAAGUCAAGUUCUACCUCAAGUCGGUGGUGUUUGGACUGUUAAUCGUAGGAUGUGCCUUGUAUGGAGUCAUUGCAUCGAUUCUCUUGAGAAUCGUGAACAAGAUCGAGUACUCCCAGUUUACCGUAGCUAAGGCAUUUUACAGCUCGCUUUCGGUGGCGUUGGGCUUGAAGAUCAACGUCAAGAACGAAAAAUACUUGAGUUCGAACCCGGCAAUCUACAUCUCCAACCACCAAUCAGCCUUGGACAUCUACGUUUUGGGUAAAAUCUUUCAACCGGGCUAUUUUGUCACGGGGAAGAAGUCGUUGAAGUACGUGCCCUUUUUGGGUUGGUUUAUGGCACUUUCAGGUACCUUCUUCUUAGACAGAAGCAAGAGUGACAAAGCCAGAAAGGUGUUGGACUCGGCUUUGACUUCAUUGAAGAAACAGGACAGAGCUCUUUUCAUCUUUCCGGAAGGUACUAGAUCAGGCACCGAGGAAUUAGAGUUCUUGCCUUUUAAAAAGGGUGCCUUCCAUCUUGCCAAACAGGCGGGUAUCCCCAUUGUGCCUAUCGUGGUCAGUAACACCUCUACUAUCUUCAACUCCAAACGUAAAUUUUUCAAUGGGGGAGAAAUCAAUAUCGAAAUCUUGCCUCCAGUUUCGACCGAGAACUUGGUAACCAAUGAGGAUGUCACCAAAUUGUCAUUGAAGGUCAGAGAAGACAUGUUGGCUGCUUACCAAAGAGUUGGCUACUCCAUUGCUAGUGGAACAAAACUCAACGAGGAUGUCGUUUCUCCUAUUGCCACUUCGGACGACCACCAUACUGAUACAGAAACCGAGAUCAUAACCGAAAACACACCCUUGGUAUCCAAGGGCUAAACUUAACUACAUAGUAUUUACAACCCAUGUUUAUACGAUUAAUUAGAUGCUAAACAUGUUACUGCUAUACUACG